AUGUGGAAUCGCCAGAGCUGGAAGUCCAUGUCCGGGCAGCAGUUGCUCAGGCUUGUUACCGCUGCCUCCGCCGUUGCAAUCUCCUACGAAGGCAUCAGUCAGGGCGUCAUGGGCGCUGUGACUGUUUCACCGGAGUUCGGACGACGUAUGGGAUACACAAACGAUGAAGACAAAGUCGUCAAACCCAUGCUCCAGGGCGGUAUUGCGGCCGUAUAUUACUUUGGCUCUCUUUUCGCGGCCUUUUGGGCUGGCAGCUUUUCCGACAACCACGGUCGUAUCAAGGGUAUGUGGAUGGCAUGCUUCUGGUGUAUGGCCGGGGUUAUCCUGCAAGCCUCUGCUGUUAACCUUGCACACAUGCUUUGCGCACGAUUCGUGGCUGGCAUGGGUGUGGCUUUCAUCCUCGUCAUUGCGCCUAUGUGGACGGCCGAGCUUUCUGCUGCCUCACACAGAGGUAAGCAAAUCGCUCUCACAUUCUUGGCCAACUUCUCUGGCAUCGCCCUCGCAGCGUGGAUCGGUUUCGGUACGUCCUUUACUGAGGCGGGCGGUGGACAGUUUCGCUGGCGGUUCGAGUUUUCGAUUCAAAUCAUCCCCGUAAUCGUCCUGGCGAUACUGAGCCUAUUGGUCCCGGAGUCCCCGCGAUGGCUGGUCAAAGCCGGCAGGCGUGAUGAAGCAUUGGAAAUUAUUGCCAAGCUGCGGGGGGAUGGUGACUCUCAACACCCUGAUGCGCAAAUGGAAUAUCGAGAGAUUGUGACGGUAGUGGAAGAGGAGUCUCAGUUCGCCAAAACCAACUACUUCAAUAUGUUUUUCGGCAUCGGAUCCGGAGACAUUCAUCUUGGCCGCCGCAUCCAGCUUGCCUUCUGGCUCCAGGUGCUCAUGCAGUAUGGCACUGGGAUUGCAGCCGUGGUCAUUUAUUCUGGAACCAUCUAUCAUACGGCCGGCUUUGAUAAUGUCAAGUCCGGUUGGCUGUCAGGUAUACUGAUGCUGGUUGGUAUCUUGGGCACAGCCAUUGCAGCCUUUACCAUCGAUAGGGUAGGUCGCCGAAGAACCCUUUACUGGGGUGCUGUAGCACUCGGUAUUACCUUGUUCAUCAUCGGUGGUCUCUUUCGGGGAUCCGUUAACAACCCAGACAAGGCUGUUCAGUAUGGCACAGCAGCUUCAGCUAUGGUUUUUAUCUAUCUCUUGAUCUUUAGUUCUUCUUGGCUAUUGAUCCCCUUUAUAUAUCCUACCGAAAUCUUUCCUACCUGGCUUCGAGCCAAGGGAAACGCAUUUGGCGUGGCCGGUUGGGCUGUAGGCUAUGGUGGAGGUUCACUCUUGGUGCCUGUUAUGUUUUCAGGUAUCGACGAAAAGACUUUCUACGUGUUUGGAGCUGCCAUGUUUGCAUACAUUCCCUUGGUGUACUGCUUCCUCCCCGAAACUGCCGGCCGUACAUUGGAAGAAGUUGACUAUCUCUUUGCUAGUAAGAGUCCGUUCACUUGGGAUGAGGAGAAAGAAUUCGCCAAGCGUACAGCUCUCUUGCGUGAAAGAUUAAAUGAAGGGAAGAACGGGAGCGACUCAAUGGCACAGGAUAAGUUGAUUGAAUCACACAUCGAGGCUGUAUGA